AUGUCUGAAGAAGAAGAAGAACAGGAAGAAGUGGAGGUACAGCUUUAUGUACUUUAAUUGUAAUAAGUGUGCACAGUGGUUGCAUCUUAGUUUGUGAAUUAAGUUUGUGAGACAUAUAACCACUGAAAUGUUAUUGCAUUUCUGUAAAGAAGAGUCUUAAAAAUGAUGUGAGCAAAGGUAGUAUGGUUGCAUUGUAACUUGUACUGCCGAAGUUAAGUUUAGAUUUAUAAUGACUGUCAGUGGGUGGAUAGACUUGUUAACCUUCCUUGAGAUUGUUGAAUGGUGAUCAAGUAUUUUCUUUGACAAAUUUGACUGAAUGCUAUUACACUUGGGGCUCUCUUACCAUUGUGACAAGUUACUACACUUGUGCCUUCAACAAUGGUGUGUUUAAUUCAGUGUGUAGGCUUCACUGUUCAUUUGUACAUACAAUAUAAUUUUAAAAGCACUUAAAAUGGAGCAAUAAAUUUAUCGUCAUCUUUUUGUGCUGCUUAUUUUACAGAAUUCAUCAGCAUCUGAAUAUGAAGAUGCUUCUGAUUCAGAAAGUGAUGGAAAUGAUGAGGUAAAUUAUUUUUUCUCUACAUAUUCAUAACAAUAUGAUGACUACAGGUUGUUUAAAAAAAUCAACUAGAAACACUUUCAGCUCUGGAUUUCAUAGCUACAUGUACAUACAUUAAGUGGUUUACGUUUGGCUUUUUUCAUUACAAAUAAUAUUCUUGUCUUGUUUAUCAAAGUUCUUAAAGUCUUUUGUUUUUCAUGAAAAAAUUUUCUUUAUUUCUGUUGACUUUUGCUCUAGCUAUCUAGGAAAUAUGUGCCAAGUUGAUUUCCUUGAUGUCCAACAUGACCUGAAUAGCUUGCAGAAUUGGUCCCUGACUGAUAAUGAGAUUUUUUUCCAACCAUCUAAAUGUGUAAACCUCACAAUAACAAGAAAAAGACAAAGGUUAUAUAGGUUAAUGGAUAAGGAUCUUAAAUUUGUCUCUUCUGCAAAAGACCUUGACUUCACUGUCUUGAAGGACUUGAAGUGGACUGCACACAUUGCUCAGGUGGUUGCAAAAUCUAAAAGAAUGCUGGGAUUCCUAAAAAGGAACUGCUUGGGUGACCUCAAUAAGGAUCUCUGAAGCUACUUUAUAUCUCUCAUGUGUGCUCUAACCUGUGUUAUGCCUCACAGCUUUGGGCACCACAAUCUCCUACAUUGAUGCUAGAAUUAGAAAAUAUCCAAAGGAGAGCUACACUUUUUAUCUUGAACCUUAACCUCCUACCUCUCAACUACUGGCUGGAAUAUCUUGAUUAUUAUUUCUCUACAAGUGUAUUUAUGGAAUUAUUGUUAUUAAUUUAGAUAACUCUGCUCAAUUUUGUUGUGGGUGUUCCCAUUGGGGAUCUUCUGGGCUUUUUCUCAACAACAAAACUGCUAAAACAUCUCUUUUCCAUGAUUCCUUCUUCAUCCGAAUAACAAAUCUGUGGAAUGCAUUACCUAUCGCUAUAAGAUCAGAGGUAAAGUUCCUUUUAAGAAAAAGUUAAAAUGGUUUUUUAUGAUAGACUAAGUUCAAUGUUCAAUCAUUAUGAUAUUUGUUCUUAUGAGUUAGUCUGUCUGAAGUGUCACUGUGCCAAUACUAUAACAUGUUGUUCUUGUUAAUUUCUCAAAAUUUUUUUUUUUUUUCAUUAUUAUUUUUAUCAGGGUUCCAGGGAAGGGUUGUCAAUUUUUAGGGGAAUGGUUAGGUGGUGGGUUUACUUAGCAGGGUACCCAAGGUUCUAUUGUAUGCCCACCUACCUCAAGGCGAAUUUUGUAAAUAAAUAAAUAAAUAGCAAAUAAAAUAAGUUAAUUUUACUAUUCACUGCUUUCAACAGGUCAAGAUUCGAUGUUUCAAUACGUCAUGUUUUUAGAGUCCACCCAUUUAAAAACAUAUUCAUUUUUAAACACUGCAUGUUUUUUCAGUCAAUUUAUAUAAGUUAUAAAAAUACUUCACUACACUUAAUGGGUGAUUUCAGUGUAAAACUGAACCUCUGAAACUCAUGCAGAAAAAAGAAAUUAGAUCCACAUUGAUCGCAUUCUUGAUUACCUUUGGCUUGAUUUUGACUUACAAUUUACAGUAGCUUGGGUUUGGACAUGUACUGCAUUAUGAUCAUGCCAGGAUAAUUUUAUAUCUGAGGUACAAAAUCGAUUUAUUGCAGUUUUUUUUAUUUUAAAUUUCCUACUUUAUUUCUUUUCUUGUGCACAGGACAGUGAAUUCAUGGACUUUCUAUCUAAGCUAAGGGGAUCAACUGAAAUCAAAGCAAUUCUCAACAGUGAUGGCCACUGUUCCAUUCCAAGAAUAGUGGAAGAUUAUGAAGCAGUUGUUGGGAUAACAGCCAUCACUGAUACCAGAAAGGAGGGGCCUUCAUCACUUCACACGUUGCCAUUUAUUAACUCCUUGAGGGAAGUGUCCUCUCAACUGCAAACAUUUCAGGCCUCUCCUGAGACUCCAGAUGGAACAGCCUGUGGUUCAGCGCUGAAUGCUGCCCGUCAAAUUUUGUAUUGGUCGUCUGUUUUUAUUUCAAUGAUGGAGGCCAGCAAUACAGGGCAGCCUACAUGUACCGUAUCAUUAUCCACUUCCACAUCAUCCACAUUGUCAACACCAACAUCAUCUACAUCAGUGUUAGCUUCACCAACAUCAUCUGCAUCAACAUCAUCUGCAUCAUCAUCAUCUGCAUCAAUAUCAUCUGCAUCACCAUCAUCUGCAUCAACAUCAUCAACAUUGGCAUCAUCUAGUUUGACACCAUCUGUAUUAACAUCAUUUACCUUGACAUCUUCUGUAUCCACAUCACCUACAUCAUCUAGGUCAUCUUUAUCCAGUCAUAACCCACCUGCUACAACUUGUGCAUCUUUGUUGUCAAAUGUUAUUCCACUAUCAGUGCAACCUUUAUCCUCAUUUAAUCAGCAGUCUUCCCGCUCAGUAGUAAAUCCUCAACCUUCCACUUCAGAUACUCUGCCAUUUGGUCAGCAUUCUCUGUCAUUUCCUCCAGUUUUUUCUGCUACUGGUUGUACAGCGUCUCCGUUUUUUCAUGCUCAGCUAUCUUCAUCAACUCCACUCCUACCUUCCACAUUAUCUGGACAACCUGCAACAUUGCCUCCUCAAGCUCCCUCUAUCUCAUCCUUGCCAGUGGAAGUCACACCAUCACCAUUACAACAAGUUUCAUCAUCUUUAAGCCUGUCACAUCCGUCAUGUAGUCAGCCUUCAUCUUCACAGUCAAGUGUCCAUAAUUAUUCAAUUUCAUCUAUAUUCUGCCCAGUCAUUUCAUCCACUGCAUCCACUGCCUUGCAGACAUUUCAUCAAAAUUCUCCUGCUCCAGCUCUUCAGCUAUCUUCACCCUCAGUUUCAUCUGUUUUGUAUCAUCAAGUGCCACCAGCAUGCUCUUCUGUGGUAUUAGAUUCUGUGACUCUUAACAUCCAUGCCAAAUAUGGUCUUCCUGGUCAAUCCUGUUUAGACUGGCUAAAUUCAUUAACAAUUCCAAGAAAUGUUGAAAGUCUGGAGCAAGUGAAGGAGAUCUGGGAGCUUGGAAGCCAACAUUGUCCACCAUUAAGAGAUUGGACUGUGCUAAUGAGGAACUUUAAGUCAUCCAAAGGACGAAAUACUUCCAUUUACAGUCAACGUAAAUUUAUUUAUUUAUUAUUUCAACGUCAUGGGUUUGAUGUUAGCAGCAUCUCUUCUCAGUACAAUGAAGUUAAACCUGGUAAACUAUACAAACUUUUAAACACUAGUAAACAAAAUUGA